CAGACAGACACAAAAAUGGCGACGGUACCUCUAUUCAGCCAAUUCCCAUGCAAAACCAUACUUCCAUCCUCUUCGAACUCUAAAACCCAACCAAAAUCUUCGAAUCUAGUGUCCGUAAAUUUGAUUAACCGGCGGUUGGAGACUGGAACAGCUGUUCACCGGUCGGAUUUCAAGGUCAGAGCUACGGACGUUAACGACGAGUGGGGUCCUGAUGCCUUAGAGAGAGGAUUGAAUGUAUCGGUUGCGGAGAAAGUAGCAGAAGAAGCCAUCGAAUCCGUGGAGGAGACGGAGGGGCUAAAGAGAUUGCUAGCGGAUUCUUUGUACGGAACAGAUCGAGGUCUUAGCGCAUCGAGCGAGACGAGAGCAGAGAUCAGUGAGCUCAUUACGCAGCUCGAGUCCAAGAACCCUAACCCAGCUCCCAACGAAGCUCUCUUUCUCCUCAGUGGCAAAUGGAUUCUCGCUUACACAUCGUUCGUUGGUCUGUUCCCGUUGCUCUCACGUAGAAUCUCACCGUUGGUCAAAGUGGAUGAGAUCUCACAAACCAUUGACUCCGACAGCUUCACCGUACAAAACUCUGUCCGGUUCGCUGGUCCCCUUGCCACGACGUCGUUUAGCACCAACGCUAAGUUCGAAGUCCAAAGUCCUAAACGCGUCCAGAUCAAGUUUGAGCAAGGUGUUAUCGGGACUCCUCAGCUAACAGAUUCAAUUGAAAUCCCCGAGUUCGUGGAGGUCCUUGGUCAGAAAAUCGAUCUCAACCCCAUUAGAGGAUUACUUACAUCUGUCCAGGACACGGCUUCUUCAGUGGCUAGAACCAUUUCAAGCCAACCACCGUUGAAAUUCUCUUUGCCUGCAGAGAGAGCGCAGUCGUGGCUGCUCACUACUUAUCUCGACAAAGACCUUCGGAUCUCAAGAGGCGAUGGCGGAAGCAUCUUUGUGCUUUUCAAAGAAGGCAGCUCUCUCUUAAAACCUUAAACAUUGUAUAGUAAAAUAUAUAGAACCAUGUCUGUAUUUAAAACCAUGUCUUGUAAGUGUUGUUGUUGGAGAGUUAUGAUGGUUUUUGUAUAUUCAGUGUUUAAAUGUUGGUUACUUUUUGCUUAUAAAGUUAUAAGUGGUGUCUGAUUCAGUCUUUUAUUAAUUAGAAAACUGGUUUGUUAGCAGAACAGGUCUCUUCUUUACAGAAGCAACUGAUGUGAGAGCACCGCAUCUCCAGACAAGAAAACUAUAUCUCAAAGACGGGUUUACCAGAAAGCUUGUUCUGAAUAAUAAUCAUGAGAGAAACGUAUCCUCAAGAACCAGUGAGAGAACAAUUCCCUAACUCAAACGUGAAGAGGAAACAAAAGUUUGCUCAACUAUCAGCAAGAUGAAGAAAAAAUGACACAAUCAGCAAGUGUGAAGAGGAACAAAAGUUUGCAUCAAGUUUGAGAAAACCAACCAAAACAUUCUUAAAAGGAGUGAAUGCAGCAGA